GCAAAGGUGCCACUUACGUUGGAAGCGUGUUAGUUUAAUUCUACCUGGGGCAUUGCAGUGGCAAGCUUCUUUGUUUAAUGAAUAUAUUAUCAAGACUGAAUCAUACAAAUAGAUACUGAGAAAUGUUACACGAACAUGCAGUCCUCGGAAGCAUCUUUGUUUGUGAGAGGAGAGGACACUUCUGAGAUUUGGGAUGAUACUGCUCUUAUAAAAGCAUAUGAUCACGCUGUGAGUUCGGUGAAGGCCCACCUGUCAAAGAAAAAUGGUGACAGUACCCAGAGUUUAGAUCAUAGCACUGGAGAUUUAGUCCAAAAAAAGAAGCACAAGAAGAACAAGAAGAAACACAAGCACAAAGGAAGAAAACAGUGGAAAGUAGGGGACCAAUGCAGAGCAGUUUUCACAGAAGAUGAUACUAUUUAUGAUGCUGUGAUUGUCUCCCUGAGUGAAGAAGUAGGUACUUGUGUUGUACGCUAUCUGGAUUAUAACAAUGAAGAGACGCAAAAAUUGGCAGACCUACUAGCUCCCAACAGGAGACAUCAAAGACGAGAGUCGGGAAGUAAUGCAGAAAGUGAUAUGGACUGUACCCCAGGUCCACAUAGAGGAAGUAGACCUCACAGACAAUCAGAGUCACAUGCUCCUCCUCCCACUUGGCCAUGGCCACAGUCACCAAAUGUCAUUCCACCAUUUAGUGCAAUGCCACCUGUGUUUCCGUCAUUGCCAGUCUUUCCACCCUGGACGAGCCCAGCACAAACACCAUUAUCCUCACAAAAACCUCCAUUUAUGCCCCCUCCCCCACCAGUGCCUGAAGGCCUUGAAGGAGACAAUGAGGCAUUGUGCAGUAUGUUGAUGUCCUGGUACAUGAGUGGCUACCAUACAGGUUAUUACCAGGGCUUGAAGGAUGCUAAGAAGCAACAACAUGGCCACCAGCCUCACAAAGAUUCUAGCGAUGUUAAGCGGUAGCAAAAUAUUGUGGCACCUGUGUGUCAUGGUGUUUACUGUUGUAAAGGGGGACUUGAAUGAAAUAAAAUGAAAUUGAAAAGAAGCAGCUGAGCAGGAUAUCCAGCUGUAGGAUGAAGUCACACUUGACACAAAAACUCCAUCAGCUGUACCAUAUCCACUAUGGUCCUUGUUCAUUCAAACAGCAGUUGGAGAACCCAGAGGAAUAAACAUAACAGUAUCAGGGUUUGAGCACAUUGGAUAACAUGAAGAAGAAUAUUGAAGAAAUAUUUGACAGUAUAUGAACAUGCUGAGCAUGAAGGAGGAAAUGUGUACAAAUGAUAUGUCAAUAUAGGGGAGUUGGAAAUAUUUUGCUGGUAAUGAUGACAUAAAAGGCAGAAAAAUGUGUGCUUGAUGUUGUUAAAAGUGGAGGCAAGAGAUUCUUGUCUGUUGAAAAAAGCAUCAUCAAAUUGUAUUUGUCCUUCUUUCUUUUCCCAAUUCAAACAUUGACUUUGCACAGAAAGCACUUGGUGCUGUGCCAACGAGUCAGAACUACAUCCUACUUGGAGUGAAAAUAAUGCAAGCCUGUCAGAUUUGGAAGAUUGAGAUUUUAAUGACCUCAGUGGUUGUAACCACACUUUCAUUUGGCAUAAUAAAGGUUUUUUUAUUCAACAA